ACUUUUAAUCUCUGAACAAGUCAUCCUAAAAAAUGCAUGUAUGUUAAUAUUUUAAUAUAAAAAGAGAGAUGACCGUCGUUCUCAGCGUCAGUUGGUUGUUGUCUUUGGGAUUAAGUGAAUCAUUUUAAUUUGUAACCGUCAUGCUCAAGUGUAUUGCAUUGGUUGCUAUAUUAGGUCUAGCCAAUGCUGAUCAUAUCGAAAAGGAUGCCCAAAUCAUCAAUUACCAAAGCGAUAGUCAUCCAGAUGGGAGCUACCAAUAUGCUUACGAAACAACAAACGGUAUAGUUGGGCAGGAACAAGGAAUUGGAGCCGUUGGAGCCAGUGGCAGUUCUCAACAUGUUGCUCCUGACGGAAGUAUAGUGAAACUCAGCUACACUGCUGAUCAUAACGGAUUCAUACCCCAAGGCAGCCAUGUACCAUUAAUCCCCGAGGCCAUAAUCCGAUCUUUAGAGUGGAAUAAAGCUCACCCAGAAGAGGAUAAUUAUCUUCAUCCAGAAUUAGAUGGAGCACCACCAGCUCACUAUUAGUUGGUUUCCUAGAUUUAUCAUUAGUUGUAUUUUAGUUAGUAGUUACUGUGAUAAGGGGAAUACGAUUGGAGUAUUUAGAGAAAUAAUGUAUAUAAGGGCACUACAAAUUCUUUAAUAUUCUAUUGAGAGGCUUUAUUGGUGCCGCAGAAUAAAACUCAAAUACAAGUACA